GCAGGGGCAGGGCAUAACCACGAACGAACCAACGAUCAUUCAUUCAUGCUUUCUAUAAUUAGCCUGCCUGCCCCCUCAUACAUUCAUCCAUUCAUUCAUCGACGACCCACCCAGCCCCGGCAGCUGCCUCUAUGGCUGAUGAGCACCCGCCAUUUUCAGCACCUACCCUCCUGGUUAUUAUAAUACUUGCUCUUCUCAGCUCCGCAUUCGCUGAAAUCAUUUUUGAGGAGCGUUUUGAAGAUGGAUGGCAGAGUAGGUGGGUGAAGUCUGAUUGGAAAAAGAUCGAAGGGAAGGCCGGAUCUUUUAAGCACACAGCAGGGAAGUGGAGUGGUGACCCUGAUGACAAAGGUAUUCAGACAACCACUGAUGCAAGGCAUUUUGCCAUAUCUGCUAAGAUACCCGAGUUCAGUAACAAGAAUAGAACCUUGGUUCUUCAAUAUUCUAUUAGAUUUGAGCAGGACAUUGAAUGCGGCGGUGGUUAUAUUAAGCUUCUUUCUGGAUUUGUUAAUCAAAAGAAGUUUAGCGGUGACACUCCUUACAGCUUGAUGUUUGGACCUGAUAUAUGUGGGACACAGAAGAAGAAACUUCAUGUUAUACUUUCGUAUCAGGGCCAAAACUACCACAUCAAGAAGGAUCUGCAAUGUGAAACAGACAAGCUAACUCAUUUUUAUACAUUUGUUCUCCGCCCUGAUGCAUCAUAUAGUGUCUUGAUUGAUGGUCGGGAAAGAGACUCAGGAAGCAUGUAUACAGACUGGGAUAUCCUCCCUCCUCGUAAGAUUAAAGUAGCAAAGGCAAAAAAGCCUGCCGAUUGGGAUGAUAGAGAAUAUUUAGAUGAUCCAAAUGAUAUCAAACCUGAGGGAUAUGAUUCGAUUCCACCAGAAAUACCUGAUCCAAAGGCCAAGCAGCCUCAUGACUGGGAUGAAGAGGAGGAUGGAACAUGGAAACCACCUAAAAUUCCUAAUCCAGCAUACAAGGGACCAUGGAAACGUAAGAAAAUCAAGAACCCUAAUUAUAAAGGGAAGUGGAAGAUUCCUUGGAUUGAUAAUCCUGAAUUUGAAGAUGACCCUGACUUGUAUGUUCUGAAACCCAUCAAGUAUGUUGGUAUUGAAGUUUGGCAGGUGAAAGCAGGUUCUGUUUAUGACAACAUUCUUAUCUGUGAUGAUCUUGACUAUGCAAAGAAAGUAGUAGAGGAAGUUUUUUCCAAUAGAGAGAUUGAAAAAGAAGCUUUUGAGGAAGCAGAAAAAGUGAGAAAAGUAAAGGAGGAACAGGAAGCUGAGAGAGCAAGAGAAGAAGGUGAAAGAAGAAAAAGAGAAAGGGGUCAUGAUAGAAGGGACCGACACAGAAGGAGGCAUUAUGAUUAUAUGGACGACUACCAUGAUGAACUUUGAAAAUAUGCCAUGCUACAUCUCCUUGAAUUUUGGAUUCUGUUGGCAUCAUAUAUAAAUAUGAAAGUGUCGUUCUUUCUGAAUCAGAGCGAGGUAUCUGAUUCAUAUGGCGCUGUGGAUUUUGAUGUCACCUUAUGAUUUGGAGUUUAUCCAGAUCAGAAAGAUUUUUAGUUCUUAUUGUUGAUAUGUAAUGUAUGUUUUAACUCUUGCUUAAGAACAUAUUUUGUUUAAUAUAAUUCUUGUCAUGA